AUGGCUUCUUUCAACAAAUUAAAAAAUGUGUUAAUGCUGGCAUUUGACUGGAUUCUCUAUGGUGCUGGUGCUACAGAUACCUGCAAAGUCACUGUAACACAACCCAGAUUUCAGGAAGCUGACUACUCCAUGCACACCGUGUUCUUAACGUGUGCUUUUGAUGCCUCUGGAUGCUCCUCGUCUCAACCUCAAGUUCUAUGGUUUCGCUUUUUAACGAACAAACAUGAGGAUUUGUGCACUCCUGCAUGCACAGACCACCACAAGUACAAAGUACAUUUAUCACCAAAAAAUAACAUCUCACUUCAGAUCAAUGAUCUGACUGUAGAUGACAAUGCUGUUUAUAUCUGUGGAAUAGCAUUUUCAGAUUCAAGUUCACCCCAUUCUAAACAAACAGGAGAUGGAACAAUACUAACAAAAACAGAAAAACAGCACAGCAAUGGAAAGGUCAUCUUCAUCUUCAUGAUCAUCACCUCAUCAUUACUGUUUCUAUACAGCACCACUGUAUUCACAUUCUUUGUAGUCUACAAGCUGAAACCGAAGCUGCUAAAGAAAAGCUGGAAUGAAGACCAAAGACCAGAGAACUGUAAAAUCACUAGUGGGCGAAAAAUUUUUCGAGCAAUUGCCCAAGAGCUUCAAAAGCAGAGGUAUGCUGAACGUUGGAAAGAGCCUGCUGAUUUGGAAGAUGACACUCUUUAUCAGAACAGAUGA